GAUUUGAUUUACUCACGAAUCGGCUUACACCCACCUAUCGAAUAAUCACAGCUGUAAUAAUUUUGGCAGCGAGUAUAUACGUUUUUACAUUAUUUUCGCCUAUAACUUACGGCGAGUCAUGGACAAGGUCUGAUUGUAAUAAAUUAAAAUUGCUAAGUUCUUGGGAUUAUAAUUGUGAUUUAUAUGAUAAGAAUUAUAUCGAGAAGACUGAAGAAGAUGAUUUUAUAGAAAUUGACAUUGAAAAUUCACCGGGUACAUAUUAUACAAAAAGUCCCGAAUAUUUAACUCAAGUGGUUGAAGUAACUUACACAACAAAAGGAAUGGAAUGGUGGUAA